AUGGGUGAUCGAGAAGCUAAUGUCCCAGCCCCAAUUACUCGAGCGGAUUUGAACGCUCAAAACCAACGGAUCGACAACCUAACCAACCAAUUUGGGGAGAUGCGAGAAUUGUUGUUGCAAGCUCUAGGUGGCAACAAUAGAAGAGGUGGCAGAGAUGACGAAAGAAGAGAAGGCAGGGAAGACAAUCGAAGAGAAGGUAGAGAUGGCGAGAGAAGAGAUAAUAUGAGGCAACAUAUUCCGGAUAGCGAGUCAGAGUCAGAAGAAGAACUUGAGGAACCACCACCACCGGCUAAUAAUUGUCGUAAUCGCAAUUACGAAAAUUUUGGCGAUUAUCGGAUUAAAGCCGAAAUCCCUAACUUUUGGGGAAAUCUGAAGAUUGAAGACUUCUUGGAUUGGCUUGUAGAAGUGGAGAGGUUUUUCGAUAUUAUGGAGGUUCCUGAGCAUAAAAUGGUUGUGCGCAAGGCAACCGUUCGGUUUCUGAAUAUACCGAAGAAUUCAUGCGUUUGGCAGAGCGAAAACCAUUUGACCGAGACUGACAAUCAAAAGGUCACGAGGUAUAACAAUGGGCUGAAGAUUUCCAUCCAAGAAAAAAUUGGUAUGCAGAAUAUAUGGACUUUGCAAGAGGCGAUUAACAUGGCGAUGAAAGCUGAACUGUUGGAGAAGGAGAAGCGCCAACCCAACUUCCGCAGGAACACGACGGAAGCCUCUGAAUAUGCUACUGGUGCUUCUAGUGGCUCCGGAGAUAAGGGGAAAGUGCAGCAGCAACCUGGAGGAACGACGAAACCAGCGACAACUGUCCAAAACAAAAACUUUAACGAAAGCAGCAGCCGGACUUUCAACAGAGGGCAGUCCCGAAACCAAUCCCAGAAUCCGUAUGCUAAGCCCAUGACGGACAUAUGUUACCGUUGCCAAAAACCAGGGCAUCGUUCUAAUGUUUGUCCAGAGCGGAAGCAGGCUAACUUUAUCGAGGAGGUCGAUGAAAAUGAGGAAAAAGAUGAAGUCGGGGAAGAUGAUUAUGCAGGGGCUGAAUUUGCAAUUGAGGAAGGAAUGGAGAGGAUUACCUUGGUUUUGCAGAGAGUUCUUUUGGCACCAAAGGAGGAAGGGCAGCGUCAUAGUAUUUUUCGUUCCCUCUGCUCAAUCAAAAACAAGGUGUGUGAUGUGAUCGUCGACAAUGGAAGUUGCGAGAAUUUCUUGUCAAAGAAAUUGGUGGAGCAUUUGCAGCUAUCAACGGAGCCAUAUGUCAGCCCUUACUCACUAGGUUGGGUUAAAAAAGGCCCUUCGGUUCGUGUUGCUGAGACUUGCCGUGUGCCACUGUCCAUUGGUAAGCAUUACAGUGAUGAUGUAUUAUGUGAUGUUAUUGACAUGGAUGCAUGCCAUAUUUUAUUAGGGCGACCUUGGCAAUUUGAUGUGGAUGCGACUUACAAGGGACGAGAUAAUGUAAUUCUGUUUUCUUGGAACAACCGAAAAAUUGCAAUGGCAACUACAAAGCCCUCAAAACAAUCUGUUGAGCCCAAGACGAGGAGUUCUAGUUUCCUAACCCUAAUUAGCAGCGAGCAGGAGUUGAACGAGGCUGUCAAAGAGGCGGAGUAUUUUUGUCCCUUGGUGUUGAAGGGGUUGUUGAAGCUUGGCAGAGGAGAAAGUGACAUUCCACAAGACGUGCAGCAGAUUUUGUCACAGUUUCAGGAACUACUUUCUGAAAAAUUGCCAAACGAGCUGCCACCUAUGCGGGACAUACAACACCGAAUUGACUUGGUGCCUGGAGCUAGCCUUCCGAAUCUGCCUCAUUAUCGGAUGAGCCCCAAGGAGAAUGACAUCCUAAGAGAGCAGAUUGAAGAAUUACUGCAGAAGGGAUUUAUCAGGGAGAGUUUGAGUCCCUGCGCAGUUCCCGUUUUGCUGGUUCCGAAGAAAGACAAGACUUGGCGAAUGUGUGUUGAUAGCCGAGCAAUCAACAAGAUAACAGUCAAGUACAGGUUUCCCAUUCCACGGUUGGAGGAUAUGCUGGAUGUUCUUAGCGGCUCAAGGGUGUUUUCCAAGAUAGAUUUGCGAAGCGGUUACCACCAGAUUCGCAUCAGACCUGGCGACGAAUGGAAAACAGCGUUCAAGAGCAAGGACAGAUUAUUUGAAUGGUUGGUGAUGCCAUUCGGAUUGUCAAAUGCGCCUAGCACUUUCAUGAGACUCAUGAAUCAGGUUCUUCGACCAUUUAUUGGCUCUUUUGUCGUAGUUUAUUUCGAUGACAUUUUAAUUUAUAGUACCACAAAAGAAGAACAUCUUGUGCAUUUGAGACAAGUUUUAGAUGUUUUGAGAGAAAAUAAACUGUAUGUAAACCUAAAAAAAUGUACUUUCUGCACAAAUAAGCUACUGUUCUUGGGUUUUGUUGUUGGUGAGAAUGGUAUCCAGGUAGAUGACAAGAAGAUCAAGGCAAUCCUUGACUGGCCAGCUCCAAAAACAGUUUCUGAAGUUCGAAGUUUCCAUGGUUUGGCCACCUUUUACAGAAGAUUUGUGAGGCAUUUCAGCUCCAUCGCUGCACCUAUCACAGAGGGUUUGAAGAAGGGCCGGUUCAGCUGGGGAGAGGAGCAAGAGAGAAGCUUUGCAGAUAUAAAAGAAAAGCUUUGGACCGCGCUGGUUCUAGCCCUUCCAAACUUUGAGAAAGUUUUCGAAGUUGAAUGUGAUGCUAGCGGUGUGGGAGUCGGAGCUGUGCUUUCACAAGACAAGCGGCCAGUUGCAUUCUUCUCUGAAAAGUUGAGCGAUGCACGUCAAAAGUGGAGUACUUAUGACCAAGAGUUCUAUGCGGUUGUUCGAGCUUUGAAGCAAUGGGAGCACUAUCUUAUCCAGAAGGAAUUUGUUUUAUUUACAGAUCAUCAAGCGUUGAAGUAUAUUAACAGCCAGAAAAAUAUUGAUAAAAUGCAUGCUAGAUGGGUGACUUUUUUGCAGAAAUUUUCGUUCGUUAUCAAGCAUACUUCCGGCAAGACAAAUCGUGUGGCGGAUGCGCUGAGUAGAAGAGCUUCAUUGUUAGUCACGCUGACUCAAGAAGUUGUGGGGUUUGAAUGUCUGAAGGAAUUAUAUGAAGGUGAUGAUGAUUUCCGGGACAUUUGGACUAAGUGCACCAAUCAAGAGCCGAUGACAGAUUACUUUCUUAAUGAAGGUUAUUUGUUCAAAGGCAACCAGUUGUGUAUUCCAGUUUCCUCUUUAAGGGAGAAGCUCAUUCGGGACUUGCAUGGUGGAGGGUUGAGUGGCCACCUAGGCCGUGAUAAAACAAUUGCAGGGAUGGAGGAGAGAUUUUAUUGGCCACAACUCAAACGAGAUGUUGGAACUAUUGUGACCAAGUGCUACACUUGUCAAACUUCGAAGGGGCAGGUACAAAACAUUGGAUUAUAUAUGCCAUUACCAGUUCCUAACGAUAUUUGGCAGGAUCUUGCUAUGGAUUUUGUCCUCGGUUUGCCCCGAACACAAAGGGGAGUGGACUCUGUAUUUGUGGUGGUUGAUCGGUUCUCAAAAAUGGCGCAUUUCAUAGCCUGCAAAAAGACUGCUGAUGCAUCAAAUAUAGCCAAACUGUUUUUCAGGGAGGUUGUUCGCUUGCAUGGGGUUCCUACAUCCAUUACAUCAGAUCGUGACACCAAGUUCUUGAGCCAUUUUGGAUCACUUUGUGGAGGCUAUUUGGUGAAACUGCCUAGAGGCCAGCAAACCAGUGUGGCUGAUAAAAAUUUGGCUGAGGAAGUAGUAGCCGUUCGAGAUGAAGUCAAGCAGAAACUUGAGCAAACUAAUGCUAAGUACAAAACUGCUGCAGAUAAGCAUAGGCGAGUUAAAGUGUUUCAAGAAGGCGAUUCUGUGAUGAUAUUUCUGAGGAAGGAGAGGUUUCCAGUUGAUUUAUAUGAGUUCCGUGAAGAUGAGGUCCUUUAUCCAGAUCAUAACUCGGGGUCGAGUUCUUUGGAGGUGGAGGGGACUGAUGUAGAACAGAUGGCAGAUUUUAUCGCGGUUGAGCUAGAAAAAGGAUGUAGCGGGAAUUUGCAGAUUUGUUGUCCGAGCUCCGAUUAG